GGUGUUGUAUGUGGAGCAUGAGGGCUGCAGUAGAUGUCGGGAGAGUGAAGGCUAGGGUGUCAUCUGAAAAGCUGUCCAUGGGCUACUGUAGCCAGUAACUUGUUAGGCAAAUGUUGAUACGCGUUAUGAAUGAUUGACUAGGAGCAAAGGUAUGUCUGGCACAUAGGUCUACAUUUUGUCCAUGCCCAUCAGCCAUUUAAACUAGGUUGUUAUCCGGCAUGCUCUCUGAGACUCUGACAUAACAAGACCUAAUCUGUUUGAGUCCAAUAUAACAUUUCCUAGUUUUAUCAUUGAGUGGUUAGUGUUUAGCCAGUCCGCUACCUUGACACUGUUCUGUGAAACGGAUACUUCGUGAACGUAGAUGUCAUGAUUCGCUUUGACGAAUCGUCUGGAGUUCGCUGAACUGGGAAGCCACGUCGCUCAUUGGCCAGCAUUAGUUCCUUUUGACUACUUCGGCUUCUGCUAUUGGCUGAGCCGCAGUCAGCCUGCCCGUGGACCCGCCUCCUCCCAGCAAAAAAGACAGAUUCUGAUUGAUCAUUUAAAGGCAGUCUUUCUGUUCAUCCUUCCAGUACGCUUCUCCACCGUUUUGACAUAGUGUUUCAGCCAGCCAGUCUUACCGCACGACCCAAGCGGACACCAAGCUCCCAGCGGUACCAGGUGAAGCCUCGGUGGCGUGAAGGCAGGUGUUGAGGACUGUCUUUCUCUCUCUGCAUCAUUCUGUUGUUCUGAGUCAUGGCGUCCUCUCUGCUCAGCAGGCAGCUGGUCCUCUCCCUCCAGCAGAACCUCAGGUUCACUGCACCAGGCUGCAGGUAUGUCAGUAAGGCAGCAGCUAAGACUCAGAUGGAGUUUGAAUACGAUGGGCCUUCCAUGAAGACCGAGGUCCCAGGACCCCGUUCCAAGGAGCUGACCAAACAGUUGGGAGAGAUGCAGAACGUGGGAGCAAUCAAUUUCUUCUGUAACUAUGAGGAGAGCAGAGGAAACUACCUGGUGGACGUGGACGGAAACCGCAUGCUGGACGUCUACACACAGAUCUCCUCCAUCCCUAUUGGAUACAACCAUCCCUCACUCAUUAAAGUGAUGUCCAACCCCAACAAUAUGAGUGCGUUUGUGAACAGGCCAGCUCUUGGGAUCAUGCCACCCGAGAACUUUCCGGAAAAGCUGGCGGAAAGCCUUCUCUCAGUUGCUCCUAGUGGUAUGAGCCGUGUUCAGACCAUGGCCUGUGGAUCCUGCUCCAAUGAGAAUGCAUACAAAGCCAUGUUCAUCUGGUACAGAGUGAGUACAUACAAAGCCAUGUUCAUCUGGUACAGAAAUAAGGAGAGAGGCCACAACAUCCCCUCUGAUGAAGACAUGAGCUCCUGUAUGAUCAACCAGAACCCUGGCUGUCCAGACCUCAGCAUCCUGUCGUUUAUGGGUGGAUUUCAUGGCAGGACAAUGGGUUGCUUGGCAACGACGCACUCCAAGGCCAUCCACAAGCUGGAUGUGCCGUCAUUUGAUUGGCCGAUCGCUCCCUUCCCUAAACUGAAGUACCCUCUGGAGGAGUUCACACGGGAGAACGCACAGGAAGAGGCCCGCUGCCUGGAGGAGGUAGAGGACCUGAUAGUCCAGUGGCGUCAGAAGGGCCGGCCGGUGGCUGGGAUAGUGAUUGAACCCAUCCAGGCUGAGGGAGGAGACAACCACGCAACACCGGACUUCUUCAAGAAGCUACGGAACAUCGCACGCAAGCAUGGCUGUGCGUUCCAUUUGGAUGAGGUGCAGACAGGUGGAGGAGCUACCGGGAAGUUCUGGGCUCAUGAACACUGGGGGAUGGACGACCCUGCUGACAUCGUCUCCUUCAGCAAGAAGAUGCUCACUGGAGGUUUUUACCAUAAAGACGAGCUGCAGGCAGACAAGGCCUACCGUAUCUUUAACACGUGGAUGGGUGACCCGUCUAAGAACCUGUUCCUGGCUGAGGUUCUAAACGUGAUCCGCAGAGAGAACCUUCUGGAGGAGGUGACCCGCUCUGGGAAGACUCUGCUACAGGGACUCUACCAACUACAGGACCAGUACCCUAACCUGUUGAGCAGUGCUCGGGGACAGGGGACAUUCUGUGCCAUCGACAUCCGUGAUGACGCCACACGCAACAGCAUCAUCCUCAAAGCCCGGGACAAGGGUGUUCUGCUGGGUGGCUGUGGAGAUCGGUCCAUCCGGUUCCGUCCUGCUCUGGUGUUUAAAGAGUACCAUGUUCACAUGUUCCUGAACGUGUUCAGCGACGUCCUGGCAGAACACAACUAGAACCCUGCCCCGGUCCCUUCCACACUGGACUGGGCCAAACCAACAUAAGCCAAGACCAGCUGGGGAUGCGGUGUAGGGGAGAGGAAGCACAAGAGUCUUAACCUAUCACAGAGGCUCACACAGUAACGCAUACACUUAAAGGGAUGCUACGGGAUUGAAGCCCUUUUUCUCCUUCCCCAGAGUCAGAUGAUACUCGUGGAUACCAUUUAUAUGUAUCUGUGUGCUGUUUGAAGGAAGUUGCUAACUAGCGCAAUUGCUAACUAGCAUUAGCGCAAUGACUGGAAACGUUGGCUCGUGAAACUACCUCUAACUUCCUUUAACCUGGACACAGAGACAUAAAAAUGGUAUCCACGAGUUCAUCUGACUCUGGGGAAGUGGAUAAAGGGCCUCACUGCCACAAUCCUGAAGUAUCCCUUUAACACAUACUCAAACACACACCAUACACACACACACACUUGAAUUUGUCCCAUUGCUCAUGUGGCAGUCCUAGCAUUCCGCAUGUCACAAGGCACAAGCACAAAACAUAGUCUUAUUUUGGUCAUAUCACACAAACCCUCCAACUCCCUAACAGAUGAAGGAACAGCAAGAUAUUUUAGAACAAACACACCUGACAGGAGUGGUUAGCAGCAAGCUAACCUAAACGAGGUUGUAAUGAUACAAAAUGGCCGCUGCACGCCGACCUUUAACCCCUGACCUUGAGAUGAUGUCCUAGUUUGUGUUCUGUGAGUCCUCUGAGUGUCCUAGCUCUUUUUAACAGAACAAUUAUGUUUCCGUUUGACUUGGAUUAUCUCAACCCCAGACAUUGGGAUUUUAUGAAGGAGAAUAUUAUAUUACAUGAUUUAGUGUGUCUGCAUGUUGUUGUUCCUGAACUUCCUUUGGGUUGAAGGAAUUGAGACCUGGGUUCCAGACUCGCUGUAGGGCUAACAGUCUAUUUUAAACCCCCACUUAUUAACACAUAACCAUACAAACCUACAGAUAUACCCAUGUUUAAAUUGAAGGCAGGUUUUUGCAGUCAGGACCGCUAAUAAAAAGAUGUAUUAUAUUUGUUGACUUGUUUGGGACGUAGUCGUAGUAGUGCAUCUUGCCAUAUUCAUCCGGUUUCCUCAUGAAACGACUGGACUCAUUAUUGAUGUACAGCACAAGGUGUCUACGUUCUGAAUGCCUGUUGUUUUUGUUUUUUUAAAUGUUGUGGACAGGUUGAAAUAGCAGCAGUAACACCAAGGAGUAGGCUUCAGCAGAAGCUUUAUAAUAUGGCCAUGACGAUGGUGAUGGCGAUUACAGUGAUGAUGAUACCUGUCUUGUUAACCAGCCCAAUCAGUAUUGUAUAGAGAGCUGAUUUCCUGGUAACCCUUAAUAAUCAGUAUUGUAUAGAGAGCUGAUUUCCUGGUAACCCUUAAUAAUCAGUAUUGUAUAGAGAGCUGAUUUCCUGGUAACCCUUAACAAUCAGUAUUGUAUAGAGAGCUGAUUUCCUGGUAACCCUUAACAAUCAGUAUUGUAUAGAGAGCUGAUUUCCUGGUAACCCUUAACAAUCAGUAUUGUAUAGAGAGCUGAUUUCCUGGUAACCCUUAACAAUCAGUAUUGUAUAGAGAGCUGAUUUCCUGGUAACCCUUAACAAUAGUAGAAGCAUUGCUAUGUUUGUUUACAUUGUUCUGUGAGGUUAGAGGUUAUUGCAGAUCUCUAAUUAUUGUUGUCUAUGAAGAAUCCUCUUUAUGUAUCCUAAAAUAAAACCAGAAUCCCAUUUUAAUGAA